AUGGCGUUGAGCAACAAGAAGGUGGUAUUCGCCACGCGCUCGGAGCGUGCGCUAGUGCUAAGUAUCGUGCGAGAAGACUUUGGUGACGUGGCCGAACGAGUAACUGAGACUUUGCUGCGCUCUGAGGGCCUACGGCUUCCUGAGAUUGCACACAAACUGCAGCGCCAGAUGACAUCCGCCUCGUCGUCGUCGUCUUCGGUGUAUGAGAUCAAGUGUGCAUUACUGAAAUUGCUGCAGCACAAUAUACUGGACGUUGUGCCUGUAGUCAUUCGAGGCGGCGCUCCGACGGUCGCAUACAACAUUAACGUGCAAGAGGCUCUGUACCGACUGCGCUUCCCUAAAUUUAUUGAACAGGCUAAAGAAGUCUUUGGAGCAGAAGGUGAAGUGAUCAUGGAGGAGGUUUUGGUGCAAGGUCGUGUGCGUAUGGACCAGUCACUGGAGACGAUGGCUUACAAUUUGGCAGAACAACGUUGUCAGAACAAGAAAGUGGUUGAGUCUGAAGAACAGCCAAUAGUGACGGAGGAAGAGGAGAUCAGCGAGGAAGAGAUGGAAGAGUGCCGUCAAAUCGUGCGGGAUGUUUUUGUUGAAAUGGCGAAGAAACGCUUCAUCUCACGAGUGCACCCCCUAGACCUAAAGGUAGCGGCCCCUGAAGAGACCCCAGAAUUUCCUGCAAGUAUUACGCGUGGACAGGAAAAGGGUGCCACAACGAAUUUAAAUGGCAACUUGAUGGCUGUUAAUGCUGCUGUUAAUGGCUCUGAUGCAAAUGCCGCAAACACAAAUAUUAUAGCUACUGACGAGGAUGGAAUUACCGUGCGUGGUAAGAAGCGGAAGGCCCCGAUAGAGUCGUCAGGGAAUACUAUCCCGGUGGAACUGCAGAUGAUGCUUGACGCGGACGCAGCAGCUCAAAAUGAAAACGAUGACUUGGAAGCUGAGUGGGAACCUAGCUCUGAGUCAUCGUCUACUUUCUCGAAUCGUGGAUCUAAGCGCAAGAAAACUGCGAAGCGUGCCAAGCUGCCGAUGCGAGGGACAUCGUCUGGAGAUGCUACCACUGGGGGAUUUGCAACGGAAAAUAUCAAUGCUGUAGCUGGCGUAAUUGUAGCCGCUAUGCUUCAGCAUUCUGCCCCUCGCGAACGCGAAAAGGACGAGCCGACUUCAUUUCCGGUGUCGGCACGCGAUCUAUUUGACAUGGAAAGUGUGAAAAAGGCACUCCCUCCUGAGGCGAACAAUCCGUGGCGGUUGCUACUCAACUACAUUACGGUCAUGUGUCGUGACAAGUCGGGUAUGGUGAUGAAGGUUGCGCAGGAAGCGUUUGAUCCUACUCAAGCGCGCGCAGGUGACGGUGGUCAGUUCGUAGUCCACAUGCAGAAGAUUGUGGAGUAUUUGAAGCAGGCCACGACACACGCAUAUGUUCAGGAAAAAUAUGGUGUAGAGAGCGCUCGCAUCGUGCGCUUGCUAAUGGAGAAGCGCCAAUUAGAGCAACAAACAAUUAGCGAGCAGGCGCUGCUACCGUCUAAUGACGCACGACACCGGUUGUACCAGCUGUAUACCGACAAGCUGCUGAAAAUACAAGAAAUUCCGAAGCGAGCGGAUCACAACCCAGCGUUUACAUUCUUCUGUUGGUCUGUUGACGUACCGCAGAUGCAGGCACGUAUUGCAGAGCACGUUCAGGACUCGUUGUGUCGUCUUCGGCGUCGGCGUAAGUUUGAAGCGGAGGAAAACAAAGAGCUUAUUGCCCGAUCAGAGCAAUUGGUUGAAGCCAACGAUCUCGACAAAUUUGACAGGCUCAGCCGCUCAUUAGACCGCCUUGAUCGUGGCAUUAUCCAAUUAGAUGGUAUGCUUAUGCUGUACCGCGAUUUCUAG